AUGGUAACUCCAACAGGUCACCUGACGAGCAAGACUGUGAACGAAUCUGACAUGUUUUGCGUGACCGAUCUACACUCGGAGCUAUCCGCGAUCCAGGGCCUGGUACUCGAAGGUAUUUCCACUGCUAUACUGAUGCUGGUCGCGUGCGCCGUCUGGGACAAUAGAAACGCGAGAAACACGGACUCGGUGCCAAUCAGAUUCGGCCUGACUGUGGCUGCUCUUGCACUCGCGUUCGGACCUUACACAGGUUGCAGUAUGAACCCGGCCAGGUCGUUGGCACCGGCACUGUGGAACAAUCAGUGGUCCCAUCACUGGAUCUACUGGUUCGGGCCGAUUGGUGGUGCCCUUUUAUCGUCGUACAUGUACAAGACCAUCUUCGGCGUGAGCGAGAGUACGCAGGAGGAGCCGGUUGCCGAGGCUGUCGCUUUGAACAGCGUCGCCACCCAGAAGGCGGAGACUAAAAUCAAAUUGGAUCAAAGCUAUAACGUCAACGCUUGUACACCACAGAAUUCCUAGGAUUCAUCGUCUCAUAUCAAAGGAUAACAAAAUUCUCGUCUGCGCUAAAGUGAUAAAGUCAAAGUGAUCAAUCUUUGUCUUUUUCUUCAUUUAUUAAUCCGCGUUGUGUUAUUAAAAAUUUAUAUUUUAACUUUCUUUGCCUGAAAUUGAAAGGCGACGAGUUAUUAGCAAAAUCUGAACUAAAUUAUAACCAACAAUAAGAGCCAAUGUUGCUCUGAAUUUGUAAAAUUUCAAAAUUCAUUACUUGUUUAUUAAAAAACAAAAAAAAAGAAUUAUUAUUAUUAUUUUAAAAAUAUUAAAACGACAUACACGAUUCAUUCACAUCGAACGUAUAAAACAAAUACUAUAAAUAUCUCAAGUGUAAUACGAAAUUGAGUGCGCUUCUUCCAAGUGAAUUUCCUUAUUGUUUUUUUUGUUUUCUUGUAGUCACAAGAUUUCCCAAAUUUACGAAUAGGUUUCAGUGCAAGUUAA